UUGGUGUUUUGAUAUUUUAAUUUUUAUGUCUUGUGUUGUAUUUGAGGUUAAAUUGAUUUGUUAUUGUUUUAAAUUGAAUAAAUACACCAACUACUACGAUUACUUAUGUUGUAUAAGUUUUAAUGAAUGAAUAUAAAUACAUCCUAAUAAAAAAUGGGUAAAUCUGAAGACACAUCUACUAAAAAGCGGCGCAAAUUAAACACAAGCUCUUCCAGCGAUACUAAAUUAUCACCAGUUGAUAUAUACAAGAAAGUAGUCGAAUUUGAAGAAUCAGAGUCGAAACUAAGAUCCGCUGAGAAAGAUUCUACCCUAUUCCGGAAAAUAUCACAGGAUGUACGACAGUUGUUUUCUGAUAUAGCAGAGUUAAAAGCCAAAGGCACAGAAGAGGCCAAAGAAAAAAUUAAAACAAAAAGAAUAGAAGCAUCCUUGCAAUUGGUUGCACUAAAAAAAUUAAAUCGGUUAGAGAAAGUCCGCACACGGACAGGAAGAGAGGCCCUACAUAAAGAGAAACAAAGAGUAGACUCAACACAUUUGCUUCUACAGAAUCUUUUGUAUGAAGCAGACCAUUUAAACAAAGAAGUCACUAAAUGUUUGCAGUUUAAAUCUAAAGAUGAAGAAAUAGAACUUGUACCACUUGAAGAUUUCUAUAAAUAUGCACCUCCAGAAGUGAUAAGACCUGAGAUAACAAAAACAGAUGAGCAUCAACUGCAGUUGGCUAGACUGGAGUGGGAACUGCGUCAGCGCAGAGAGUUAGCGGGUGCAUGCAAUGAGCUAAUAGCCUCCAAAGAACGUGUUGGUGCAGCGAUAGCAGCUGCCAGGUCGAGAUUAGAUGCUCUUGUGCCUCAUCUUAGAGAUGUUCUGAAAGCUACAAAACCAUUACAGGAAUGUUUAGCUUUAAAAUUGGAUGAAAAGAGGGAGGAAACAAAAUUAGCAUCACUUCUUCCACCACCAUUAUUCUUGCUCUAUGCCAAUGCUAGUGCAUAUUCAGAUGCUUUGGGGACCAAUGUUAUAACAGUGGGUAUAUCUGGAGAUGAAGAUGAGGCAAGGAGAAUGGAUCAGACAUGUAAUGCUGAAAGGGAGGUAGUGGCCUCAAAUGAUUCAGAUUCUGAUCCGGAUGCGAAUGACGAAGAACAUAGGGAGAAAAAGAAAAGGCAUCAUAGAGCCCCAAAAAUAUCGAAGGAAGAAAAAGCUGAGGCAAAGAAGAGAGAAGCUUUAAAGAAACACCCACUUAGUGUACUGAUGACGGUUAAGAUAGCAGAUGAAACUGCAGUGAAUUUAACAUUCUUGUACCUUCUGCAUCUUAAAAUUAUUGUUGUCAAAGUUACAAUGACUUAUCCUAACACAAUUACUGGAGUUACUGCUGCCGAUGUAUUAACAGGGGAUUGUGUUUUAAAUGAAUUGUACCUAGGUGACACUGGGAAUGAUUCACCACAUAUAGCUACUUCUUAUUUACUUAAAGCUGCAGGCAUUUCUGAUAAUUUUCGUAAAUUUAUACCUGAAAUUGGUCGACCAUAUAUAUGGGCACAAAGAAUGUGUGGACUAGACUUUAUGGCAUUGGUCGCUGAUGAACACAAAACAGCUAAAAAUAUACAACCAUGCUCAAGUCUCAGUAUUGCAACUGUAGAAAAUUUCAUAUUCACUCUACAGAAUAGGUUAAAAGCUAGAGUGAAGUUGAUGAAGGAAUUGCAAGACCUUGAAAGUGGAAGAAUAGUGCAACCAAAGGAAAUGUCCACUGUCAAAUUAUCAGGCUCUUUGACACAGUGGCAGUCUAUAACUUGGGCGGAAUAUUCUCAAGCACCCUCUACUGCCUUUCUCAUAUCGGAAGGCUUGGUUUCACCUGAUUAUAUGUUAUAUCGGGCAAUAAUAACUCGCCAGUCAGCAAAACUUGUCGCAUUAGUUGCUCUCAGCUGCGACUAUCCUAAGCAAGCUCCCAUAUUCUCCCUUACAUUACAUUGGAAUGGAACACAUCACUGCGGAACCAGUGAUGAUAUUAGAGACAUAGAAAGAGUUAUUAAUACAGAUUGGCAUAGUGAGAACUCUAAUCCUGUCACGCUUUCAAUCCAAAUGGCUAAGCUGUUGACUUGUCUGGACAUUCUCUUGGAAACAAUGGGAUCAUCUGAAUUUUCACCGGACAAAGUAAUGCUCGAGCCAGUGCUCGGCAGAACUAGAAUGAGACCCUACAAGUUUAUUAAAAAUGGAACUGGAAUGUUUGUUCAAUUUUAAACUGAAUCUGUUAGAGCUUUUUCGAAUAAAACAUUUUUCAGACUGAA